ACAAUUUGAAUGGCCAAAUCGUCGUAGUGGGCCCCACAUUUCCGUUGGAACAGAAUCCCAAGCUUCACAUGAAGAAGAAGAAGAACAAGAGCUGAAUCCGAGUGAAUAAGGAAUCAACUCUCCCAUCCAUUGCAUAAAUAGAAAAAAAUCUCUGCCAAUAAGAAAAAAUCUUGAUUCUUUGAUUACCGAAUAGACAGUCAAACCUGCAUUCAAAAUAAUACCUUGAUUUCAGAGGGAAAAUGUAAAGCAAACAGAGCUGCAAAAAGAAAAAAUGGAGAAAGAAGAAAUGGAAUGGAAGCGCAAAACAAUGGGGUUUUCGCCGGAGAAAGAAAAUCGAGACUCGAAUUGGUUCAAAACGAAGAAGAAAGCUUUGAACCAUGUCCUCUCCACAAUCCGUAUCCAUUCAAAACAAACCCAUCCCCUCAAAGAAACCCAACCCACACCCACAACCCUACACUCUCCGCCGCCGCAGCAGCAGCCGCCGCCGCCUCAAACCCCCAAGACAACCCAAGAUUCCACCCUCACAAAUCCUGCCUCAGAUAGAACCUCACUUCUUUCAGAUGAAAUCUUGCUCAGGAUUCUCUCCAAACUCCCCAAAUCUCAGAGGCCUGCUAAUUUUCUUGUUUCCAAAAGAUGGCUCAAUCUCCAAGGCAGGCUCGUGAGAUCAGUUAAGCUUUUUGAUUGGGAGUUUUUGGUCUCGGGCCGGGUUUUUUUUAGGUUCCCUAAUCUUGUUCAUGUCGAUUUGGUCGAGGGGUGUUCGAUUUUGCCUCGGGAUUCCGGUGUUUUCUGCACUCGCAGUCGCAAGACUGUCUCUUUUCAUGCUGUGUCGAAUCUCGAGGGUGGUAAAGAUUCGAUUUUUACCGAAAAGUCGGUGCUGAAUGCUGAUGAAGUUGACAAGGGUUUGAGGGUUUUAGCUAAUAAAUGUCCGAAUUUAACGAAACUAGCCGUGGCGAAUUGCAGCGAGAUGGGGUUGUUGAGUGUGGCGGAGGAGUGUCCCACAUUGCAAGAAUUGGAGUUGCUUAUGUGCAACGACCGCGUUUUGCGUGGUAUUGCAGCCUGUCUGAAUCUUCAGAUUUUAAGGUUGAACGGAGCCGAAGAUGGGUUGCACGAAUCUUUAGUUUCGGAUGUGGGGUUGACUAUUUUGGCACAAGGGUGCAAGAGAUUAGUGAAGCUCGAGUUGAGCGGGUGCAAGGGGGGUUAUGAGGGGAUUAAGGCUAUCGGUCAGUGUUGCCUAAUGCUCGAAGAGUUGACUCUUUGCAAUCAUAGAAUGGAGGAUGGCUGGUUGUCGGCUCUUUCGUACUUUGAAAAUUUGAAAACCUUGAUUUUCGUUUCGUGUAAGAGGAUCGACGGUGGUGAUGAAUUUGACGAGGGUUUUGGAUCUUGUCCAUCGGUUGAAAGGCUACACUUGGAGAAGUGUCAAUUGAGGGAUAAGACGAGUUUGAGGGCUUUGUUUCUCGUCUGUUGUAACGUAAGGGAAUUAGUCAUUCAGAAUUGUUGGGGGCUGAAUGACGACAUGUUCGGAACUUCAAGUGCUCUGAGAAAGGUGAGAUUCUUGGGUUUAGAAGGGUGCUCGAUGCUAACAACACUCGGUUUAGAGUCGGUGAUAAUUUAUUGGAACGAUCUCGAGAGCUUAAAAGUGUACUCGUGUAACAAAAUAAAGGAUGGUGAAGUGAAUCCUGCACUUUCGAGUGUGUUUUCGGCUCUUAAAGAUUUGAAAUGGAAACCCGAUAGAAAAUCUGCGGUUUCGAAUUAUCUUGAAGGAAUCGGCAUGGGAAAGAGGGGAAGUAAGUUCUUCAAGAAAUCACAUGACUGGAAAUCUUUGCCUGGUUCAUAGAAAGAAAUGAAGAAGAAAAAAAAAAGAUGUAAUUUUUAUAUUUUAUUUAAUGUAAUUUGUUUCAUCAUCUUUAACAAUGUUGGAAAUUAAUGCAAUGUGAAACUAGUUUGUUAUUAAAGAUGUAAUUUUUUUUAUGUUUUCUGUACUGUGUAUGGGGAAAUUAUAUAUAUUUAUUAAGAACACAUGCAACACUAUUUUGGCAGUGGA